GGCGUCCCCGUUUGCCGAGGUCCAUGGGUUCCGUCCUUAUCCUGCCAGUUCCUUGCACCUUCUCCAUGUAUAAGUGUGCACACGGAAUGACUACCUUCUGCGUGAUGAAACUUCUGUGGCAAGCAACCAGAAACGAGAAUAGAUACACGAAAAGAUUCUUUGGUACUAUUCUGGCACAAACACCACAAAACAGGGUCUUUUCUCCGUUCUGGAUGGUGGUACCUGACCCUAGAAAGCCAGCUGUGUUUGGACUCACUCAGCCAUUCUGUACAGCUGAAAAAUCUCACGCAGAACCAAAAAGGAAAACUGCAUUUGGAAGCGUGGGGCGAAGAAUUCCCUAUCGGAUUUUGCACGUAAUCAACCAGGACGGAGAGAGCUUAGGAAACAUGCACCGAGCAGAGGCCCUCAAGCUUAUGGAUCAGCAUGACCUCAAACUAGUUCUCCUCCGUGAGAACGUGGAGCCUCCCGUGUACAGACUCAUGACUGGGCAGCAGAUUCACGAGGAACAGCUGAGGCGCGCAGAGAAGAAGAAAGCAAGUCCGAAAACAGGGAUGGUUCAGAAGGAGUUAUCCUUUUCUUCUGCUAUUGCCAAGAAUGACCUAGAAACCAAGACUAAACAGAUAGCGCAGUGGAUUGAAAAGAAACACCAUGUUAAAAUUACCAUCCGGCAAGCAAGAGAUAGCAACACGGACAUGUUUGUGGUUUUUGAUCAGAUUUUGGAGACUGUCUCCGAUAAAGCCACUUAUCUUUCCAAGCCAAAACUUACUAGAGAAGGAGUGAGUACCUGUAUUUUGAGACACAUGUCUGACAAGGAGUUGAAAGCCUACCAGAAGAUGGAAAAACAGAAAAGCAGUACAGUAAAGAAAGAUGAAAAUGAAGAUCUGGAGUCAAGUGAGCCGCAUCAGUGACUUUAUGAAGAUGUGCUUAUCCGUUGUCUUGCUGUCUGUCACAACCACGUCCUUUCCUGGCUGUGUUUUGGGAGGAAUGUAGCCGCUCAGACGAGAGGCUAAGCUCCUCUUAGGACGAGAACGCUUCGCCUGGUGGAAAUAAAUCCAGAAUUAGCAACUUCAUGGAUCUAUGGAGCAAAGGCUACUAAGGUGAGCGGAGGAAGAAGAAAUGAAUGAAUAGGCCAGCACUGCGUUAUUUAAAGGAGCUUCAGAAGUUAAGCAUCUCCCAAAUGAUAGCUGCCCUGUUUUCCUGUUUGAAGUCCCAUUUUAAAACACAUAAUGUUUACCCUCCUCUGAAGUGACAAGAGUAUGGUUGAGAAGACUUUUUCAACAGUAUAACUUACUUU